AUCCGAGAAUAGACCCAUCAUUUGGCGCCGUCUGUGGGGAGAUCUUGAAGGAAUUAAGAGCUUUACACCUAGAUUUGAUCUGUCUCCGAUGGCUGAGAAGGAAGGAUUGCAGAAAAACUUGAACGACGAUUUUAGGGCAACGUGGACCGACAAACGACCUCCGCCGAUCCCCAGCGUCAGACCACCGCUCCAAGUGCUGGGAUUUCCACCGUUCGGGAUGCACGCGCCGGCGGGAGGACGUGCGGGAGAAGAAACGCCUAUUACCCCACCUGGAGUCAAGAUUCCAGUUCUCACCCAGGGGGAGGCCAGUCACGCGAAGGACACGGGUGGAGAAGCGGAUGGUCACGCAUUGACCGAAACAUCUUUUAGAUUGGGGAGGCAGACUGAACGACUUGAUCAGGAGACAAGGCCACCACCCCAAAUCGAAGAACAAACACUGACCAUGACGAGAAGCGAGAUGCAGAGGAUGAUUGCCGAAGCUAAGAAGGAUAAGAAACCAACUGCGACGGGAGAAAGGAAAGGAUCCCCGAAGUCGAAAAGGGAGGGGCGAUCAAGGGGAUGGAGGACAACUCAGUAUACUCCCCUGAUAGCCUCGAGCGCAAGGAUAUUAGAGGUAAUGGAGAAAGAAAUUCGCGAAAAUGUGGUCAGGUGGCCACGGACGAGAAAAGAUGGACCGACAAAACCCAAAAGUGAUCUGUAUUGUCGAUUCCACAAGGAUUAUGGGCAUAAUACCGAGGAAUGUCGGCACCUGAAAAAUGAGAUCGAGAGGCUAAUCAAAGCAGGCCAUCUAAAGGAGUCGAGAGACCACAGAAAAAUUGAAGUGCAACAAGUAGAGGAAAAUGGUCCAGUAAUGAAUUUCGGGCCAACAGAUGUGGGGGAGGUCGAGAGACCUCACAAUGAUGCUCUAAUGAUCACUGCUCAGAUAUCAUGUUAUGAGGUGCAGAGGAUUUUUGUCGACACGGGAAGCUCAGUGAAUGUGAUCUUUUACAAUUGCCUUAAACGGAUGGAACUCGACAUCGAGCUUGCACCGCUGCACACCUCACUUUUUGGGUUUAAUGGCUCAGAAGUCGCGCCCCUAGGAGAAACCACACUCGCUUUCGUCCUCGGGGAAGGCGAUUUGAGGAAAGUAAAAAUGGUGCGGUUUGUUGUAGUCGACGUCGAGUCGGCUUAUAAUGUGAUUCAAGGAAGGCCAGCGCUCAACGCAUUUCAGGCGGUAGUGUCGACCUACCAUAUGAAGCUGAAGUUCCCCGUUGGAAAUAAAGUAGGGGAGGCCCGAGGAGACCAGAAGCUAUCAAGAACUUGUUACCAGAUAGCU